AUGCAGCGCAGCAGCAGCAGCAGCAACAGCAGCAGCAGCAGCAGCAGCAACAGCAACAAUAACAACAACAAUGAGAACGACAAUAGGGACAGUUCGACGGACUCAGAGGGAAAUGGCAGCUCUGCUGCUGAUGCUGCUGCUGCUCCUGCUGCUGCUGCUCCUGCUGCUGCUGCUGCUGCUGGCUUGCCUGGCAGCAGCACAGCAGCAGCAGCAAAAGGCACUAAAGCGCGCAGUGAGAAAAACGAGUUUGGUUUGUGGGGUUUGUACGCGUUGGCUGAGGGCCCCCUGCCGGACCCUUUGCUGCUGCGGUUUAUAUUUGCUGCUUUUGAUUUUAGUUCUUGUGGAGGCAGCAAAAAGACAAUUAAAACAAAAAAAAGCAAAAACAAAACAGCAGCAGCAGCAGCAACAGCAGCAGCAGCAGCAGCAGCAGCAACGCCGGAUGCAGCAGCAGCAGCAGCAGCGCCCGAAGAAGAAGCACCAGGAGCAGCAGCAGCAGCACCUGAGGCAGCAGGUGCAGCAGCAGCAGCAGCAGCACCUGCAGCAGCAGCAGCAGCAGAUCCUCAAACCCUAAAGAAGGUCAUAAUCAAUUUGCUGCUGUCUUCUGUCUCCUUUUCUUUGGAGGCGCAGCAGAAAGUGUCUCUUUACAACAGAGAAAUCAUCUCCAGUUUUGCUGCUGCUGGCCCCACACUUAGUUUGCUGCUGCUGCAGCUGCAAACUAAAGAACUUGCUGCUGCUGGCUUCGACGCAGCAGCUUUCAAACAAAAAAACAAAAAAGAAAAAACUGCAGAAAUUGCAAAAAGAAUUAAAGAAGAAACUGAAACUUUGCUGCUUUCCCACACCCAAAAGGAGCCGAAGGGCAGCAGCAAAUUCAUGCGUCUGGUGUCUAGACACCCGACAGUGCGUCGGAUUUAUUUAUUUUUUCUUUCUUUUAUUAUUUCAAUUUCUCUUUCUUUCAAAAGCUCAAAAAAGAAAAGGUCUCGUCGAGUUGCUGCUGCUGCUGCUGCUGCAGCAGCAGCAGCAGGAGGAACGCGAGGAACUGCAGCAGCAGCGGGAACGCCGCCAGCAGCAGCAGCACGCUGUGGGGCCCCACAGCUGCCUGUGCAUGCAGCAGCAGCAAGUCGCGCACAUUACGCAAAAGUCUUUAGUUCUUUUUUGGCUUUUUCUCUCGACAAAAAAGCAGCAGCAGCAGAAGCAGAAAUCAGCAGCACUUUGCUCAAAACUGUCUACAAGAAGCAGCAAAAAAAAGCAGCAAAACAAUCCAAAAAAAGCAGCAAGCGCAGCAAACGCCGCAGCAAAAAGCAGCAGCAGCAGCAGCAGCAGCAGCAGGUCACAACGACGGCGUUGAUUCAGAUCCGCCCCGUUUCCCUCCUGCUUCCCCGCAGCAGCAGCAGCAGUAGCAGUAGCAGCAGCAGCAGGGAGGUGGCGGCGUCGUUUGUGGAGGAUCCUGCUGCUGGAGUAGCAGCAGAAAAGAAGAGCAGCAGCAAAACGAAGAAGCUGACAAUUGUGCUGCUGAUUUCAGGUGUAUUGGCAACUUUGGUGCUGCUGAGCGGAGCCACAAUGGGCAUUUGGGUUUUGGGGGUUUUGUUAGCUGCUUCGAUAAUAGGGUUGGUGUUAAUUGCUGCUAAAAAGAUCACGGAAAGGUUCAGCAGCAGCAGCAGCAGCAGCAGCAGCAGCAGCAGCAGCAGCAGCAGCAGCAGCGGCGGCGGCGGCGGCGAGGGGGGCGACGACCCCGACGACGCGGACCCGCAGCAGCAGGAAGACGCUGGUGACGUCAACGAAGCAUUCGAAGACGACGAGUAA